AUGGCUGCUUAUUUUCUCAAAAUUUCACAUCUGCUUGUCCUGCUGAUUGUUUUGGGAUUCCUGCUCUCCCCGGGCAGGACGGCUCCCAUUGGUGACCAUCCAGAUCAUGCCGGUUGCAUACGGAUCACGAUCAUCAAGCGACCCCUGGGCACCACAACGUCGACCACAACUACGACGACGACCACCACGACAACGACGACAACGACCAGGGCCACCACCUUGGCAACCACAGUGGCAACUGGCUAA